UCCCUCUAACAAAGUUUGAGUUUCUCUUCCCAGCUUUUGAAGCGUCAGAAAGUGGAAAGGUUAUUUCAUCCACUAGAUUUCUUGUAAACACUUGUUGUGGAACAUACUUUCUCCACUAAUUAUUUGCCACUUGGUGGAGUCUUUUAACUUACAGAUAUGGAUCCAAGGCUUUUUGAGGCAAUUGCAGGAAAUGACAAAAACGGCUUCAUCAAUUUAGUUCAAGAGAAUGAAAACUUUCUCGAACAGAGAACAGUUAGUUCCAGGAGUACAGUGUUACACUUGGCAUCUAGAUUUGGACACAUUGAAUUAGUAAUGGAAAUUUUGAAGUUGCACCCCAUGGUUGGUGCAGAAGAUAUUAAGCUGGAGACUCCAUUGCAUGAAGCCUGUCAUCAGGGGCAUACUGAGAUCCUAAAGUUGCUACUGGAGACAAAUCCCUGGGCUGCUGUUAAGCUUAAUGCUGAUAAUCGGAGUGCAUUCUUUAUUGCAUGCUGUCAUGGCCAUGUUGACCAGGUGAAGCUGCUUUCGAAUCAGUCCUGGCUGCCAGGGUUAGAAGAUGAACGAUUUGUUCCAACAUGUCUUCAUGUGGCUACAUUAAGAGGGCACACAGGUGUUGUUAGAGAGUUAUUAAAUGUGCUCCCACGUUUUGCCUGGAAGGUUGAUGGGAAUGGAUAUUCUCCAUUGCACCAUUCUUGUAACAGUGGGCACCUGGAAAUAACAAGAAUGCUCCUAAAGCAUAGUGCAGACCUUGCGCUGCAAUUCAGUAACACGGGCUACAUGCCACUGCACUUGGCAGCCAUGAAUGGAAAUACUUUAAUUUUUGAAGAAUUUGAGCAGAUGGCUCCCAUAUCCUUUCAUCAUCUCACAAGACAAGGAGAUACAGUUUUUCAUUUAACUGUGAAAUACAAGCACUAUGGGGCUUUCAUGUGGUUGGUGAGUGCCUUCCACAAUACUGAUUUCUUCCACCGUCCAGAUCAAUGUGGUAACACUCUCUUGCAUCUUGCAGUCUCUAGAGGAUGCUCUAAGAUAGUGGAGUACUUGAUCAACGAAACAAAAGUGGAGAUUAAUUCUCUGAACUUUCAAGGACUCACAGCACCUGACAUCCUCAACAAGGCUAAGAAAAAUAAAGAAAUUCGGCGACUUAAGUCCAAGUUCAUUAAAGCUGGAGGUAAAAGCAGUAUCAAGUUGUUAUCUUGUUCACCAGAAGUAGAUAGAACCAAUGAUCAGCUGCCUAUUAUACGUAAGAAUUCUUCAUGGCAGGGUUGCAUAGAUGAUGAUUUGGAUGUGUCCGUUAUGAGUGAAAUGGUUUCUUAUGAAUGCAAAUGCUCACCUAGAGUAAGCAAGGGAACCAACUCUAGAACAUCAUCACCAUGCGACCGAGUUGGAGAGACAUUUAGCAAUGAAACAUAUAAACAAGAUUCCUUAUCCCCAACCAAUAUGCGACAACACAAGCAUCUUAUCAGAAGGCACCGGGAAAAUAUAGGUGACGUUUACCGAAAUAAGCAGCAUGAAAAAAUAUAUAUGGAAGCCUUACAAAAUGCUAGGAACACUGUAACACUUGUUGCCAUUUUGAUUGCUACAGUUACUUUUGCUGCUGGAAUUAGCCCUCCCGGUGGAUUUUAUCAGGAUGGAGAAAUGAAAGGGAAGUCAAUACUUGGUAGAACAACAGCUUUCAAGGUCUUUGCAAUAAGCAACAACCUUGCACUGUUUAGCUCUCUAUCCAUAGUGGUUGUUCUUGUCAGCAUCAUCCCCUAUCAGAGGAAGCCACAGAUGAGACUCUUGGUGGUUGCUCACAAGGUCAUGUGGGUAGCUGUGGCAUUCAUGACAACAGGUUUUGCUGCAGCCACAUGGAUGAUCAUUCCUCACAGUCAAGGGAUAGAAUGGGUGUUUGUCACACUAAUAGCAGUAAGCAGUGGCACCCUGGGAGCAAGUUUUAUCGGCCUAGGUGUGAUGCUGGUUAAGCACUGGCAGCGGAAACGGAAGUGGAGAAAACAAAGAAUGGAUAGAGGGGAGGGUGUUGACAUAGAAAGUCAAAUUUCGGAUGUUGAGAGCACAUACCAUCAAGGAUAUCACUCAUACUGAACGUUUAAUGUUGUGGUAACAUGAAGGAUUUUCUUACAUAUUGUUUUUGUUCAUUAUGUUUUUUCUUCUUGUGCUUCUUUGGAAGUGUGAGGUUUCUCAGUAUACACACACAUCACAUUUUAAGUAAUAUCAACCAAAUCAAUAGUUAAGGCAAUAAAAUAGUAACAAUGAGAAUGAUGACAAAGUGGACAACUAAAGGAGAAAACCUUUCAAAAUGAAAAACCAUUAGACAGAAAUAAUCCCAUAAAAAAUCCAUUAUGAAUAAUUACAAUAGUCAGCGACUUAUCAAACCUUUGUUGGCCUAAACUCUAUACCACCUCUACAAGUAUAAAUGCCAUCCCUGCCUUCCUACCAUAGUAAGGUAGUAGUCCCAGAACCUCUAGAAUCCUUCAAUGGUGAUUUCCUCUAUGAACUCCUGGCUUGCAGAAAGCCAGAACCUCAAGGUUUGAUUGCAGUGAACCUCGCUGGAAUGUUUAUGUGGUCUCAACUCACAAAAACUCAUUGUUCAUUAGGAUAAUGGAACCACUCCUAACUGAUUGUAGGAACUUUUUGAAGGAGUUCCCAAACAAGCGCAUGAUCCAUGCCUUUUGUGAAGCAAACCAAUGCACUGAUGCAUUGGCUAAACCAGAUCACAGUCUUUGUAUAGUUUUGCUGUUUUUUGUAACCCACCGCCUGUGGUGGAGGCUAUUUUGGCUUUUGAUAAGGCUAAUAUGCAUUGUAACAGACUUGUGAAUUCUUAGUUUUUAUGUAUUCUUAUGGUUUACCGAACAAAAAAAAAAAAAAAAAUCUCUUCUGGGAUUAAAAGAAGAGUGGGACAAUAAAAGGGGUAUUUUAUGGAGCACUUGGCGAGGGUUCUUUUGUGAUCUUGGCUAUGCCUAUAGGAUACAAAAAUAAGAGCACAAGAUCAAGAGCCAAAUGGGAGAGAAAGAGAGGCAAUUGCUUUCGGCUUGAUAGUUUGAGAAGCGAAGCCAGUCUCAUUCUACUUUGCUGUUUUGCCCAGGAGGUCAUAUCCACAAACUCUCUCUACUCAUAUAUAUUUUUUUGGUUCAACAAAUAAGCAUCAUAAAAUGCUCCCACACAAUUGCCUUUUUGCUUGAGAGCUUAAGAAGCCAAAGAAAGUCUCAAUCUGCGUGCCUCUCAAAGAAUGGCUAAAGAGCUUAACAGAAAAGCCACACCUAGCUUCUCUAAAAAAACUUGAAGACCCAAAACCCUCAUUAUCUCUAAGAAUCUGGAUUUUGUUGGCUAGCUUGAGCGGGCUUGUUGUGGCUCGAGCAAGAAUUUUUAGCUUCCAAAGUCCUAGGUUUAUUGUUUCACAUAAUGAUUGAGGAAUGCAGACCCACUCCAGAUUACAUUGUCAUGGUAUUUGU